GUGCGCUGCACUUCACUCAUUCCAGACUUUCGCUUGCUGGAGCAUACUUGAUUAGCUAUUAAGGUAUAUCAUGCCGACGCAGACCCGCGGUUCCACAGGGGGUGCGAAUCGGAAGCCCGUCCGCCGUGACCCAGAGAAGCGGAGGCAACAGAACAUCCAAGCCCAGAAAAAGUACCGAGAAAAGCUGCGCAAGCGCCUGGAAAGUCUCGAAGCACUCGCAGCAUCCGCAGCGCAGAUUCGUGCGGUUGAAGAACCACCACCAGCUGUGGAAAUGGAUCCCUCGGGGCCGGCCGUAACGUUAGUGCAGGAUUCUCCGAUGAUCGCUCUGCCCCACAUCGCUACAAAGAACAUCCCCGCCUCUGGAGCUGCGGGCCCUUUUCCAGGUGCAGUGGUCCCUGCAGGACUAUCUGCAGGACUAUGCCAACCAGUAAAUACCUUCUCGGCGACUUUCCCAUCCUGGGAACCGUCAUCAUGCUUAGAUGAUUUCUCAACCUCGCCGACAACGUUCGACUCCACCAUGUAUGCAUCGUCAUCGAAUGAUCUGUCGCUAUCUAGUUUGUGGGCUACUUCUUUGGCUGUCCCUCUGUCAGACGAUAUCUCCUCAGUCCCGAGCUCAUGGGAUUCCACUGCUAGUGACUCGCAACGCCCAGUCAACCCCCCAUCAGCACUGAGCACAGUCGGCCCCAAAUUCCAAGGCAUACCAUCUUUCCUUGUCCCUGAAACCCACAACAAAAGGUCCGACGGUGCACACUGUACCAGCAUCAUUAAAUGCGGCUGUCCAAGGCCGCACAUCCGCGUCCAGACUCGGGGUCCCUACCCGUUCCGCUCGGGCGAGAUACGUUUCCUCAGCCUAGGAACAGGCGCCCCUACAGCGGACCCAUACACCAAUCACAUUCGGAUCGACACUCUCUGCACCGUCACAGCCUUGUACGACCUCGGACUACACAUCGGGGUCAACGAGUCGAUGCUGUGUGCCGAUGAGUCGUUCUCGCCAUUCUACCGCCCCAGUGCGGGCUCCGCAGAUAGUCUAGCAAACGCAAGUAUGAUCGGGACGGUUCAGAAGAUAUUCAAAGCCCUCAAGCCGGACCUCCGGCCGAGUCGUGAGCAGAUCACGAUUCCACACCACCCUUCGAUAGACAUUCUGCCCUUCCCGACACUGCGGAAGAACCUCCUGAUGCACCAUGACGAGCUGGACGAGGACGAGCUUUUCGAUGAUUUGAUAACCGGCCUGGUGUGCUGGGGCGGGGCGGGCAUGGGGAGACGGGACAGACAUGACUCGAUUGGGUGUCAUCCAACAGGCACACCGUGGGAUGUCCGUAGCUGGGAGGCCAAGGUCUGGUUCCUGAAGAAAUAUUGGACAUUGCUGGGCGGUGAGGAUGGGGAGCUUGUGCGGCAAAGUGAGUGGUGGCGGGGUAUCAGAGGGGAGGAGGUGGAGGUGUAUGGCUCCGAAGAAUGGAAAACGCCAGACGACUCGCCACUAGUAUAAUUACCCUCGAGAACAAAGAGUAGUGAGUUGUUUGCCUCAGUUACAGUGUACAUAAAUCCGAGUCGGAUCCGGG